GGUAACCCACCUGGCCAUCAGAGUCACACUCCGUGAUGUCCCCAACACUCUGUUGACACUGACAGCUUCCCUGACACUGUGCAGAGGGAGGCAGCUGGAAGCUAGCUAGCUAGCAUGCAGCACUGGCCCGGUGUCACCAGGAGGCGGCACUGCUGAGAGGCAAGUGGUCGGUGCUGAGUGUUGGUGUCUGCCGAGCCGACCAUGGAUGACUUCACCACCAGGACGUACGGCACGAGUGGCCUGGACAACAGACCUCUGUUUGGGGAGACCUCUGCACGGGAUCGAAUCAUCAACCUGGCAGUGGGGGGAUUCACAUUUCUGGUUGUUUUAGUGACUGUUAUCAGUUCUUUUGUGUUCCCCUCGUUGCCUCCAAAACCGCUUAAUGUCUUCUUUGCCGUGUGCAUCCUGUUAGCAUGUGGAUCCACUAUAGUGCUGAUAUUCUGGUACCGGCAGGGCGAUCUGGAGCCUAAAUUCAGGAAUCUGAUCUACUACAUGCUGGCGUCCAUCGUGCUGCUGUGUCUAUGUGCCAACCUCUACUUCCACGAAGUCAGGUAAAGACGGGACGGGGAAGAGGAGGAGGAAGAAGGGAAGACAUGGCCUUGACACAUGGAAGGACUACACGGAGAGACGGACUCGUCACACACUAACUUGAAUGAAUUUCCCACCUGACCUGCAGCGAACUGGAAAGAUUUUGGGACCAAACACCAGUGAAGCUCAAUGGUUCCAGUAGAUGAAGACUUGUUGGUGCUGAAGCAUAAUGCACUGCACACACACACACAUAUACACACAACGCCGCAGUGUAGAAAUCAUGAUGGGCUGUUUGAGGCCAUAAAUCUGCCUGGAGACACACUGCUGGCGGAUGAAACAGGUGUGUUUACAUGCACAUAAACAUUUGCAGUCAUUACUUUUUACAAUAACAAGCACUUAAACUUACAACAGAAUACAUGACGAUGAUGAUGACGAUGAUGCAGCAGUUAAAGGAAACAUCUGCCCUUUGAUCCCGAUACUGUAGGUCUCAUCUAGUCUGCGUAACGUUACAUUUUACAUGUUUGUGUUUGCCAUUAAUUUGCUGAUUAACUAUAUUUAUAUCUUUAAACCACUGUCAGGAAAAAAGGGGGUAAAACUGUUGCUUCAGUCAUUUUUAUAAACAUCUUUCAGUACAAGCUGUGUCUCACGUCAAGCGACGCCUCCUUCAAAGUCUUUUUUGAAGACCAAAUAUAUAACUUCAUAAUCAUUCCAGAUGUUCCUUCAAACUCUGAUAAGACACCAUCGUUUGGGUUAAUGGUGCAUUCAGGGUCAGAAAUGUCACAACACAUGAACUGGACCAACAAAGACACCACUGCAGGGUGUAAAUAGAGUAUGUACUGGUCGACGCACAUCCAAUGCAUCAAAACAUUGUUUUCUAGUUGGAGCCGCGCCUCGUUUUCAAACUGCAUGGUUUGACUAAAAUGAACAAUGACAGCAAUAUAGUCCACGAUGAGCAGCGCUAAAAUCAACCUGCGUAGUUGUCCCUCCAUUGUGACAUUAGAAAGUGUCACAUUUAUCUUGCAAGUGUACUCUUCUUCAACGUUUGCUUUACUUCCUGGAUUUUUCCCACAUGGAAAUUCUGACCAAUCAAGAGCAGCAUGUGCACCCUAUAUUUAUGCCCGCUUAAAGUGUUUGUUUUUGCCACUGACAGGCCCAGAUUGAUCCAUACAGAGAUAGACCUUUAUGUUAAAGAGUAAGAUCCUUUUUGUUUGAGUGAAAACUGCCCUUAAAUCACCAUCACCUGCGUAUUUUAACAUCUAACUUGGUGAAUAUUCAAUGUACUGUACAACCCCACUCCGGUGGCGGCUAGACGCACUUUGGCUCUCCUCCAUUCCAUAACGCUGUCAGACAUCUAGAGGAAUAGUGUCAAUAUGUCAGUUACAAAAACAA